UUCGUACGAGUGAAGUGAAGAAAAAUGCAUAAAGUGACGCUCAAUCCCGACAAUGGCGCGUCGGCUCCCGAAGCCGGGAAAUCUUCUAGUGCUUCAGGGAAGAAACCAGCGGAAAAGUCAAUGAGUGCUUCCGCGAAGAAACCAGCGGGAAAAUCAAGUGAUUCUAGCAGUAAACCAGCGGAUAAAUCAUCAGGUGCUUCCAGCGGGAAACCAGCGGACAAAUCAUCCGGUGCUGCCGACAAGAACUCAGCGGAAAGAAAAUCAAAAUCGAAGAAACCGGAUAAAGUGGACACAUUGACCAAACAAUUGAGCGAAGAGCGAUCAAAAACUGCUCAAUUGGAGAGGGAUUUGAAAAAGGCAAUGGAAACAAUUACGUCAUUGCAAACUCGUUUAUUCAGGCCGCAAACUGAAAGUUCUCUUGGAAACGUCGAAUCUAGUUCGGAUUGUGACAUAAUUAAUUUACAGGCGAGACAACAACUUGACAAUACUUCCAGUUCACAAUCCAUUAGAGCAAAUAUAGAAGAAACUCGGCUAUUCGCAGCAAUGAAUCAAAUCUCAGUAUCUUCAAUCAAUAUUCCCGAAUGUCGACCAGCAAACGUUGGUGACGAGAUAGACCGUCACGUUUUCGAAGACUGGAGCGAGCUACUUGAAGGUUCCUUAAAAUUGGCGGGUAUAGUAGACGAGGAUAUUCGCUUUACCAUUUUUAAGCUCAAGGCCGGAAAACAACUGCUGGAGAUAUUUCGAAAUACAAGAAGUACACUCGAAACACCUGACGCAAAAGUUAACCCAUACUUGAAUGCGAUGGUUCGUUUGCGAACAUAUUUCAGUUCUAGCUCUGAUGUUAUGUUACAAAGAAGGAAAUUGGCACUAAUGACCCAAAAACCAGAUGAAUCCGAUCUAGGCUUCAUCAACCGAGUUGGCGCUUUAGCACGCCUCUGUGACUUUGAACCCGAUAAGGAAUUCAAAGAAAUCGUCACAGUCGUAGCAGGCCAUGCGCGCAACCAAGAUGUUCGUAAAACGGCAUUGAAACUGCUGGGUCGAAGCAAAUGUUUCUCGGACUUAGUUGACAAGGUGCGUGAAAUCGAAACAAUCCAGAUCAACGAAGAAUAUUUCAGAUCGAGACAUGAACAAGAGGCAGUCACUCUGGCUCCGCUUGCAGCCACUGAUCCCAGAGAAGGCGGUUCACGUGUAUUUAGACAACAAGGACAAAUUGGUAAUCGAGUAAAUAACUAUCGUCGAGCUGGAAGCUUUAGAGGUACCUAUCGUGGUGCACUGAAAUCUCGUCCGGAACAACGUACAGAGGCACGUUGUUAUUGCUGUGAUAGUCCUUCCCAUAAAGCUUUUGAGUGUGAACACAGAAACAAGCAGUGUAAAAUAUGCUCUCGCUGGGGUCAUAUUGACAAGGCUUGCCGCUCGAGAAAUUUUAUGAAUCAAUGGCCACGACAAGAGCAUCGCAAACCGCUUAAGAGACAAUCCACUUUGGUCCCGGACUCAGGUGACACGAAGAAGAUUGCACUGGUUGAAAAGGAAGAAAACAGGUCCGAACUGGAUGAAGACAUGAUUACGGCUGAUCAAUUAUCAAUCUCAACGGUUGCUAUAGGGCAGAGAAUCGAAGACGGAUUUAUAGUAGCGGAGGUUGCUGGUUUAAAAUGUACUUUUAUGAUUGAUUCGGGCGCUCAAGGUCUAAAGAAGUUUGAAUGCCAUAAAAAUAACCUGCAUCAUGUGGGGUCGCUCAUUUCGAAAGACGAACGAAUUAUUUUACCAUCGGCCCUUCGGCAAAAAGCAUUGGCUUCAGCUCAUAGUGGUCACGUGGGUGAAGCCGCAAUGAAGCGCAUUCUGCGCGAGUAUUUCUGGUGGCCAGGAAUGGCCACAGAAGCCAUCAAAUAUGUCAAAAGCUGCAACACCUGUACCAUGCUUGCUAGAAAAAAUCCACCAAUUCCACUGUCGAAUAGAGAAAUGCCAAACGAGCCUUGGGAGAUACUUCAAAUUGACUUUCUGACACUCCCUGGAGUGGGUUCUGUUGCUGAAAUGAGAAAAACGGAAGCAGAAACGACAAACUUGGCUUUGAUGGAGAUCUUCAAGCUAUGGGGGCUACCGAAAAUAGUACAGAGCGAUAACGGUCCUCCUUUCCAGAGUUCACUAUUUUGUAAAUUUUGGGAAGAAAAAGGCGUUAGAAUAAGGAAAUCGAUACCACUUAGUCCGCAGUCUAAUGGAGCGGUGGAGCGCCAAAAUCAAGGCCUGAUAAAAGCUGUUUCGGCCGCAAGAAUCGACGGUAGAAAUUGGAAGUCAGCCCUAAACGAAUAUGUUCAUAGGCACAACACCGUUGUCCCACAUUCUAGACUUCUAGUAACGCCAUUUGAGUUGAUGGUUGGUAGAAAAUACCGAGGUGUGUUCCCAUGCUUGUGGAACGAGAGACAUAAUAAAGAAUUGGACAGGAUAGACAUUCGUGAAAGGGACGCAGAAACGAAACUUGUUAGUAAGCAAUACGCUGACUCAAUUCGAGGCGCCAAGGAAUCUCAAAUAACUGUAGGCGAUUUUGUUAAAUUAGCCGUUCAAAAAAAGACCAAAACAGAUCCAAAUUUCUCUGCAGAUCGCUACCAAGUUGCAGCGAGACAAGGCGCAAAAGUAGCGGUCAUGAACAAGAACGGAGUUUUGUAUUCACGAAACGUUCAGGAUGUUAAAAAGAUUGUUAGUGAUGACGAUAAAUCUGAAAGUGGAGAUCAUAUCUCAGAACCAACCCAUGUUGAAGCACCCGUAGAGGAACCUGUUCAAGGUGAUGAAGUGAAGAUGCCGAAUCCCAAUAAGUUCAAUUUACGAGAUCGCGAAAACCUUUCACGUCCAUCCAGAUUUAAAGAUACAUUCUUGUAUAGUGUUGACGAUUGA